CAGGAGCCUACACGUGGCCGGAGAGGCUCCUUGAGGCGUGGGGUCCUGCGGCGUGGAGCGGGGCUUCGCGAGGCCUCGUCCGGGGGGGUUCGUGCGUGCCAGGGUUUAGAGAACUGGGGAGUUUACCUGGGGCCCCACAGAGCCACGCUGCUGAUGUGGUUCAAUUUAAGCCACUGGACUGUGCAUUGGAAUGUCAAGUCUGGGCUUGUGUUCUCUCAGUUCCAGGGAAAAACAGGGUUCAAAACAAAAAGAAAAGAAGAACCUACUAAAAUGUCACCUGAAGUUGCCUUGAACAGAAUUUCUCCUGCACUCUCACCAUUCAUUUCCAGUGUGGUUAGAAAUGGAAAAGUAGGACUGGAUGCUACUAAUUGCUUACGGAUUACAGACUUGAAAUCUGGCUGUACUUCUCUGACCCCUGGACCUAGCUGUGAUCGUUUUAAGCUACAUAUUCCUUAUGCUGGAGAAACACUCAAAUGGGAUAUCAUUUUCAAUGCUCACUAUCCUGACCUGCCACCAGAUUUUAUUUUUGGAGAGGAUGCUGAAUUUUUGCCAGAUCCUUCUGCCUUGCAUAAUUUAGCUUCUUGGAAUCCUUCAAACCCUGAAUCCCUCCUGCUUGUUGUGAAAGAGCUUGUGCAGCAGUAUCACCAAUUUCAGUGCAGCCGCUUGUGCGAGAGCUCUCGUCUCAUGUUUGAAUAUCAAACUUUACUUGAAGAGCCCCAGUAUGGAGAAAACAUGGAAAUCUAUGCUGGCAAAAAAAACAACUGGACUGGUGAAUUCUCAGCUCGCUUCCUCUUGAAGUUGCCUGUAGAUUUCAGCAAUAUUCCUACAUACCUUCUCAAGGAUGUGAAUGAGGAUCCUGGAGAAGAUGUUGCACUCCUGUCUGUUAGUUUUGAGGAUGCAGAAGCUACUCAGGUUUUUCCAAAGCUGUACCUUUCCCCGCGUAUUGAACAUGCACUUGGAGGAUCAUCUGCUCUUCACAUCCCAGCCUUUCCUGGUGGAGGUUGUCUUAUCGACUAUGUACCCCAAGUAUGCCAGCUGCUAACAAACAAGGUGCAGUAUGUUAUUCAGGGAUACCAUAAGAGAAGAGAAUACAUUGCAGCUUUCCUGAGUCACUUUGGCACUGGUGUGGUGGAAUAUGAUGCAGAAGGCUUCACAAAGCUUACUCUGUUGCUGAUGUGGAAAGACUUUUGUUUCCUUGUUCACAUUGACUUACCCCUGUACUUUCCUCGAGACCAACCGACCCUAACAUUUCAGUCUGUCUACCACUUCACUAACAGUGGCCAACUGUACUCCCAGGCCCAGAAGAACUACCCUUACAGUCCCCGCUGGGAUGGCAAUGAAAUGGCCAAGAGAGCUAAGGCAUAUUUCAAAACGUUUGUCCCUCAGUUCCAGGAGGCAGCAUUUGCUAAUGGGAAGCUUUAGGCAGCCUCGGACAUGGAGAUGAUACUGAAGAGAUGCAUGCACACGUGAGCUCGCAAGAAGAAUGCCUGGAAAUGGACCUUCUUGAUAGGUGCUUUCUUUCCUCUGACAUGGUUUUGGUAGCUUCAGUUUUUGUCAGAUUCCUGAAGUGAAAGCAUUAGCCUGCUUAAAACUGAGUAUUUGAUAUUCAUCUUGCCCUUUUGCCUCUGCCACCACUGUUCCUUCAUAUAUCCACUGGAUUAAAUUUAAAAGGAUGUGUUUUGUUGUGGUAAUAUUUCCUUGUGCCAGCAAUGUCUUAUGUGUUAAGCCUUGAUUCCUUGUUUUCAGGUGAUGUCAAAUGGCUUUUUUUUUUUUCUGUUAGUAGUAGUAUUAUUAUUCCCCACAGAAAUCCUAUGUAAUUUGUAUAUUUAGCUAACAUUUCCUGCAGAGCCUAACAUAAAAUUGCCAUAUGUACCAGGAAUGCCUAAUGGACUGUACAGUGCCAUAUUCUGCCUUUGGAGGUUUGCAUCUCACUGUAGCUUUUACUCUCACAGGUAUGGAUAUGAGUUACACAGUUCAAUCCUCAGUGCCUUUCAAGUUGGUCUCGUAUUAAUAUGGCAGAGUGUUGGAGUUCUGGGCUUUUUCUAGUACAUCAGUUGAAGCUCAUCUGAUGUGAAGUGCAGUGCUUGUAUGCUUUGUUUUCAUUUUCAGUUGUACAAGUUUGGUGUUUUUUCUAGUAAGCUUCCUUCCCCAUUACAGAAAACCUUUUACUUCAGUACCGGUGCACAAGGAACUAAUUAUAUAAAUCAGAAUAACAAAAUAAAGCUCUUUCACAAACCUCUA